AUGUAUUCAACACGGUCUGCUACACCACAAACAUCCUAUCGCUUGCCUGGCUCGUCAUCAACAACAACUUCAUCAGGGACAAGCAAUGCUGCUGCUCAAAAGCUUACAAGACCAGCUACUGCUUCUGGUGUUACAGCCACCAGAAGAACACCUACACCAACAGUUUCGCAAAACAAACUUCAACCAACAUCAUCUACGCCCCGAAUAAUAAUAGAGGAAAAGUAUCAUAAAAAGGUAGAUAAAGACAGACAAGUGCUAUAUAGAAAGUAUUAUCAAGAAAGAUUUUUAGGUAAAGGUGGUUUUGCUCAGUGCUACUUGUUCAGACAAGUAGGUACAAAUAUUUUCCAUGCUGCCAAGAUUAUUGACAAGAAAACUCUCGAGAAGGAAAAUGUAAAGCAAAAACUCUUUUCUGAAAUCAAAAUCCACAGUUCUCUCUCCCAUAGACAUAUUGUUAAUUUUGUUAGAUACUUUGAAGAUAUUAAUAAUGUAUACAUUCUCUUAGAAGUCUGCAAUUGUGGUUCAAUGAUGGAUCUUUUAAAGAGCAGGACAAGAUUAACAGAACAAGAAGCUAGGUUUUUCCUUCAUCAAAUUUUAUUAGCUUGUCUGUAUAUGAACGAGAAGAAAGUUAUCCAUAGAGAUUUGAAAUUAGGUAAUUUAUUCCUUACAGAUAAGAUGGAGAUCAAAAUUGGAGACUUUGGACUUGCAACAGAAGUUGAAUUCGAUGGAGAACGAAAGAAGACAAUCUGUGGUACUCCAAAUUAUAUUGCACCUGAAAUUCUUUACAAUAAGGGACACAGCUUUGAAGUUGAUAUUUGGUCUAUUGGUGUAAUAUUGUACACCAUGCUUGUUGGUACUCCUCCUUUUGAAACAAAGGAUGUAAAGGAAACCUAUAAGAAAAUCAAACAUAACGAUUAUAACUUCCCUCCAGAUAUUGAAAUUAGUUCAAAAGCCAAGUCUCUUAUUAGAAGUAUUUUGAGACGUAACCCAGACGAUAGACCAGAUAUCAAGACAAUCUUGAGUGAUCCAUUCUUUGCUGGACAUUCAGUGGAUGUUUGUCCAGUUACUCUUUUAGAAUAUGCCAGAACUCACGCUCUCAAGAUUCCUGAUGUUGAAGAAACAAUGCCAGGAUACAGUUUGAAACAUCCUGAAUUACAACAACAAAUGCUCAAACUUAGACAAGAUCGUGGAGCACUUAGACAAAUUGAUAAUAAUACAAUGCAUCAAAGAGCUCAACCAACCGUGGAAACAGGACUUAAGAAACCACUCAUGAGUGGUUUUCCAACCUCAACAAUGCGACCUCCACUUGCCACAGUGAAUACCAAUAUUAAUAAUGAAAAUUAUAACCCUAAUUCCCAACAAGUUGUAACCAAACAACCAUUGUUUACUCCUUCUCAUCCACCUCAACAACAAACUGAACAACCACAAAAACCUGUUCACCCAACUUUACAAACUCACUACACCUCAACAACUACAACCCAAUCAGUUUCUACAACCAAUUCCCCAUCACACGUAACAGCUAGCUCUGUUACAUCCUCCCCAAGUCUAGGCUCCCAACGUUCUGUACAAACAACUCAAACUACUUCACGUCUUCCAACCCCUAAGAGAAGAUCUCCUAGUGAAGAUGAAAGAAAAUCUAAACCUCAAACACCAACUUCUGAAUCAUCUUUAGAAACUAGCAGAUCAAAAGGACCACCAGUCAAGAAGGUUCGCAACACUGUUUCUUCUCCAUAUUCACCUUAUGAUGUAUUAGAUCCAAUGACUGUUGACGAAGAUGAUACAACCAAUGAUAAUGUUACUCAUGAUUUACCACCAAUAUGGAUUACUCAUUGGGCUGAUUUUUCUGCAAAGUACGGUCUUACAUAUUUGAUGAGCAAUGGUUGUGUAGGUGCUGUUUAUAAUGAUUCCUCAAAGAUGACCUAUAUGCCUGCAACUGAACAAAUUAAUUACUACGAGAGAAAAGCUACUGGUGAUAAUAUUUAUGAAGAAAGGUCUACAUUUACUGUAUCUGAUUUUCCUCCUCAAAUGAAUAAGAAGGUUACCCUUAUCAAGUAUUUUGCUGACGUUUUGAGCAAAUUGAAGAGAAAUGACCAUAAUUUGGUUUCUUCUCCUAAUUCUGAUACUGGCAGAUGUAGUUAUAGACCAAAGGAUGAUGUUUUCAUUCAAAAGACUGGACUUGAUGAUGUAUUUGUAAAGAGAUGGUUGAGAACCUCACAUGCAGUUAUUUUCCGCCUCAGCAAUAAGAUAGUUCAAGUUUGUUUCCACGAUCAAACUGAAAUCAUACUCACUGGAGAUAGUAAUCUUGUUUCAUAUACUGAUCCUCAAGGUGUAAGAACUACCUAUGCCUUGAAUAAGGUUGUCAAGAGUCCAAGUCAAGAAAUUGCCAAGAGACUCAAAUACACUAAAGAUGUCUUGUGCCAACUCAUUAGUGGAUCUGCUACCACUGAUAAACACAGGAAUCAAUAA